AUGUCGAAAGGGCCAGUAGCUGAGAACCAGUACACCACAGAGAUUGAAGUAGUGAAAUGCUCCUACCUAUGGACCAUCAGUAACUUUAGCUUUUCCCUAAAGGAAAUAGGUAGUGCCAUUGAAAGUUCAACCUUUUCACCUGAAGAAAAUGGUGAACUGAAAUGGUGCUUACGAGUAUAUCCAAAAGGGAUCAAUGAAGAAAGCAAAGAAUACCUGUCCCUGUGUCUCGCACUGAUCAGCUGCCCAAUGAGAGAAGCUUGGGCAAAAUUCACAUUUUACAUUUUGAAUGAUAAAGGACAGAAAGCCAAAGGUCUGUCGAGUAAAAAAAUUCAAAGAUUUGAUCCAGGGACAAAACUGGGAGUCAGAAAAUUCAUCCUUAGAGAUUUUCUUUUAGAUCCAACCAAUGGACUACUCCCUGAUGACAAGCUGACCCUCUUUUGUGAGGUGAAUGUGUCACUAGACUCCACUGACAGUUUUAGCCAAAAUAAUAAGCAUAUGGUGAAGGCUUGUGAAGGUUGUUUAGCAAGUGAUCUAGGAGGGCUGUGGAAGAAUUCCCUGUUGGCAGACUGUUGCUUGUGUGUGGCUGGCCAAGAAUUCCAGGCUCACAAAGCCAUCUUAGCAGCUCGCUCUCCAGUUUUCAAGGCCAUGUUUGUACAUGAAAUGCAGGAGAGCAAAAACAGUCGAGUUGAAAUCAGUGAUAUGGAGCCUGAAGUUUUCAAGGAAAUAGUGUUCUUCAUGUACACUGGAAAAGCACCAAAACUUGACAGAAUGGCACCUGAUCUGCUGGCAGCUGCAGACAGGUAUGGCCUGGAGCACCUGAAGCUCAUGUGUGAGAAACACCUGUGUUGCAACCUCUCUGUGGUGAAUGUUUUGGAAAUCCUCAUCUUGGCUGACAUCCAUAGUGCCUAUCAGUUGAAAGUUUGUGCGGUGGAUUUCAUCAAUUCGCAUAUUUCUGAAAUCCUGAGGACUGACAAGUGGAAAUCCAUAGUGGUGUCACACCCUCACUUGGUGGCUGAAGCCUACCAGUCUCUGGCUUCCAUCCAGUGUGCUGUUCUGGGGCCCCCAUACAAGCGUAUAAGGCUGUCCUAA